AUGUCUGGACGACGAAAGGGAGGAAAGGGACUCGGUAAAGGAGGCGCAAAGCGUUACUGCAAAGUUCUCCGUGAUAACAUCCAGGGAAUUACCAAGCCCGCCAUCCGCCGCCUGGCUCGCCGUGGCGGAGUGAAGCGUAUCUCCGGUCUGAUCUACGAGGAGACCCGCGGCGUGUUGAAGGUUUUCCUGGAGAACGUGAUCCGCGAUGCUGUCACCUACACCGAGCACGCCAAGAGGAAGACCGUGACCGCCAUGGACGUGGUGUAUGCUCUGAAGAGACAGGGCCGCACUCUGUCCUCUGCUUUAUCAGCCAAGUCAGGUUCAAGAAACAAAAUGGCAAGAACCAAGCAGACCGCUCGUAAAUCCACCGGAGGCAAAGCCCCCAGGAAGCAGCUGGCCACUAAGGCUGCACGUAAGAGCGCCCCGGCCACCGGCGGCGUGAAGAAGCCUCACCGUUACAGGCCCGGUACCGUGGCUCUGAGAGAGAUCCGUCGCUACCAGAAAUCCACGGAGCUGCUGAUCCGCAAGCUGCCCUUCCAGCGCCUGGUGAGAGAAAUCGCUCAGGAUUUCAAGACCGACCUGCGCUUCCAGAGCUCCGCUGUCAUGGCUCUGCAGGAGGCCAGCGAGGCUUACCUGGUCGGCCUGUUCGAGGACACCAACCUGUGCGCCAUCCACAAGAUGUCUGGACGCGGAAAGGGAGGAAAGGGACUCGGUAAAGGAGGCGCAAAGCGUCACCGCAAAGUUCUCCGUGAUAACAUCCAGGGAAUCACCAAGCCCGCCAUCCGCCGCCUGGCUCGCCGUGGCGGAGUGAAGCGUAUCUCCGGUCUGAUCUACGAGGAGACCCGCGGCGUGUUGAAGGUUUUCCUGGAGAACGUGAUCCGCGAUGCUGUCACCUACACCGAGCACGCCAAGAGGAAGACCGUGACCGCCAUGGACGUGGUGUAUGCUCUGAAGAGACAGGGCCGCACUCUGUACGGCUUCGGCGGAUAAACACACUUUCCAA